UUGUGGUGGUUCCAUCUGUUAUGAUAUAUAAUUAAAAACUUUUUAUAUUAUUAAUUAUUACUGUUUUGUCUAUAUCUUUCCAUGUCUCCUUAUUAGCAUAAUGUAAUAAUUUUUAAUAAGUAUUCUUUAAAAUUUAUAUUAUUCAUACUUUUCCGUAGGCAAGCUAAUGAAAAAUUGCAUGCGAUUGACACAUAAAUUUAGAGAUAGCAAGUAGAAAAAGCCACUAAUAGCACAAACUACAGUACAAUGAACUACAGAAACGAUAAUUUUAUCGAAAAAAAACAAGGUUUGAAUUAAACACAAUAAAAAAAACCUAGCUUAAACAGAACAAUAAGAGUAUUUCGUGCUUAAAAUCAUUGAACUUUCGACCUUUAUUCAAUAGCACUGUUUCGGAAAAGGAUAUUUAUACACCGUAAAACUUGACAUCUGUAUAAACUUCAUACAUUUCUUUUUUUAUUAUACAUAAAAUUUUUCUAUAUAAACCCUCUUCGGUAGUUACUAUCGCAUCUGUAUCAGAGAAAUAUCCAUUAAAGUAAUGAAGUUCAUAGUAUUUUUCAUAUUCAACGCAUUAAUUAUUUCCUGCUAUGCCGAAGAAGAAAAUGAUUAUAAAAACUGUCUAAAUGAUGAAAAUAUUAAGUGUAUUGACGAGAAACUCGAAAAUACACCGGAAGAAAAGUACGACGAACUCAAAGCUAAUCUUACAAAGUGUUGUAAGACUAAUACAAAAGGCAAUAGGGUAAAAUGCUUUUUGAAGAAAAUUGAUCGCCUCGAAAUUAUGUCUUGCAUUAAAAAAGGCGAUUGCAUCGCAAAUAAAGUGAAGAAAAAUGAAGUCAUAAAGAAUUUUGUGGACAAAUUUGAUAAUACAGAUAAUUGCGAAGAAUUUGUUAAAGGUCUUAAGGAGAAACUUGAUGCUAUGUGCGAGUCCUACGAAGGUGACGAUAACGACUUGAAAUAUUUCUGUAAGCAAAAUCAUGUGUUAGCGUGAAGUAAAAAUUUUCAAAAUU